CGAGCUCCGGCAUUCCUGUGGCAGACAUCGACGUCGUGCUGACGUGAAGGCCGGAAAGGACCCUCUGCCACUUUGAUGUGUGAGCUCAGUGAUGGCCCCGCAGUGGAAGAGCAGCUGACAACUUCCUGGUUUGAGUCCACCUGACAGUCCACAAACACGCCUGAGACUACAGUGAGCUGACCAUGAGGCUGCUUUGGAAGUCCCUGGACAAGAUGAGGUGUCUGAGGAAGCGCUCGGCCAUCCCCUUCCUCGGCUUCCUCGUCACAUUCCUCCUCUUCCUCAACCUUUACAUUGAAGACGGAUAUGUGAUGGAAGAAGAUAAGAGGCAGCUUCGGGAGACGUCGGCCCACCCCCCGAGUGCAGAGCGAUACGUGCACACCUUCCGAGACCUUAGUAACUUUUCGGGAUCCAUCAACGUCACAUACCGCUAUCUGGCUGGGACGCCACUCAACCGCAAGAAGUACCUGACCAUCGGGCUGUCGUCGGUGAAGAGGAAGCGCGGGAACUACCUCCUGGAGACCAUCAAGUCCAUCUUUGACCAGUCCAGCUACGAGGAGCUGAAUGAAAUCGUGGUGGUGGUCCACCUGGCCGACUUUGACUCGCUGUGGUGUGACAACUUGCUGCGGGAAAUCAGCCGCAAGUUCUCGCACCACAUCAUCGCCGGCCGCCUGCUGGUGAUUCAGGCCCCCGAGGAGUACUACCCGUCCCUGGACGGCCUGAAGAGAAACUACAACGACCCCGAGGACCGGGUGCGCUUCCGCUCCAAGCAGAACGUGGACUACGCCUUCCUGCUCAACUUCUGCACCAACCUCUCCGACUUCUACAUGAUGCUGGAGGACGACGUGCGCUGCGCUCGUAACUUCCUGACGGCGCUGAAGAAGGUGAUCGCCUCCCGCGAGGGAUCCUACUGGGUGAUGUUGGAGUUCUCCAAGCUGGGCUACAUCGGGAAGCUGUACCACGCGCGGGACCUGCCGCGCCUGGCGCACUUCCUGCUCAUGUUCUACCAAGAGAUGCCGUGCGACUGGCUGCUCAUCCACUUCCGCGGCCUGCUGGCCCAGAAGGACGUGAUUCGCUUCAAGCCGUCGCUCUUCCAACACAUGGGCUACUACUCGUCCUACCGGGGCGCCGAGAACAAGCUGAAGGACGACGACUUCGAGGAAGACGCGGUGGACAUUCCCGACAACCCGCCGGCCCGGCUCUACACCAACAUCGAUGUCUUCGAGAGCUACGAUGCCGCCAAGGCCUACAGCGCCGUGGACGAGUACUUCUGGGGCAAGCCGCCGUCCACCGGCGACUUCUUCGUGGUGGUCUUCAACAAAUCGGCCAAGAUCAGCAGGAUCAAGAUCGCCACGGGCUCCGACGACAGACAGAACGACAUCCUGCACCGCGGAGCUCUGGAAGUCGGCGAAAAACUGGUGGGCACCAAGAAGGGAAAGCAGUGUUCUUCAUAUAUCACCUUGGGGGAGUUUAAGAACGGCAACGUUGAGGUCCGGGACGUGGACCACAAGAUCAGCUUUGACGUGGAGUGCGUGCGUAUCGUAGUGACGGCCACUCAAAAGGAGUGGCUCAUCAUCAGAAGUAUAAGUUUAUGGACGACACCUCCGCCCAGCCAAUGAGGAGGUCGUGCGGACUCUUAGUACAUCGCCGGCAACAAUUUCUAUUUUAAAUGUACAUAUUUCCACUCCGACGUAAGCGUUUUGUACGUAUCUAUUGAUCUGGAUUGCUAAAUGUUUUUUUUUUUUAUAUACCAGCAAUUCUUGGAUCCUCCUCCUGGUCCUUGUGUUUGUUGUAAACGUGACGGUAACGUAGAGCAGAAAGGCGAGCGCAAAGCCAUCGUGGUGUGGUUUCAAAAUUGUGAUUGAUACCCUUUCGUGAGGCCCACAAAGACCAUCGCCAUCAAUCAGUGUUAGGAAGCGGUACAGUGGUUUGUUUGACUUACAAAACCAGUUGGCAGAGGCUAACAUUAGCGGUCUUUAUCUUUACUCUGUGUCCCCUCCGGUAAAACAAACAAAAAAAAAAAAACCUCACAAAAAAAAAAA